AUGCCGCCCCUGGGCAUGGCCACCUGGCGCCUGGCUGCCCUCUUCUGUCCAUACACGACGCGGCGCUGGACGCCCGCACCCGGUGAAGCCGUCCGCCAGCACCCGCGCCAGAAUCGCCUCAGCCCGCCGCCUUCUCGGUUUGAUGUUGCACCUCAAAUCAAUGCCUCGCCACACUCAUCAGUGUCACCCCCCGUUGGCGACUUCACCUCGCAGUCGCCCUACCCCAAUCGCAUAACCAGCCUGGAGCAGCUCGAUCGCACCUUGGAUGAGGCCAAUGCUCACCUUCGCGCCCUAUUGGACAUGACCUCGGCCAACAGUGUCUCGCGCCAGCUCUUACCAACCAAUCACUCCCCCAGCUACACUCCCUCCACACGCACACAUGACUUCACCUAUGACAACCAACGCAACAAACGCAGAAAGGUUGAGGAUGAGAGGUACACCCAUAGUGUACAGAGUUUCCGCUAUGGCCACUAUGGCCAAGUUGAACCCGGCGAAUUGGAAAUGGAAAUCGCCAGCUGCGAUGGCGGCAUGUUUUCCAACGAGCUGUCUUAUGCUGCUGAAAACAUUCUCAAAAAUGACAGCUCUGUCUACUGCACCUUAGGGAAUCGGUGCAACAUUGUCCUGCGCCAUCGGGGUUCCACAACGUUCACGCUGUCCGAGCUGGUCAUCAAGGCGCCAGGUUCCAUGAACUAUUCUCAUCCCGUGCGCGAAGGCAUGGUCUUUAUCUCCAUGGAACAGGAUGACGUCCUGCUGCGGACCGCCCAAUUCCAGAUCCAGUACGGGCCUCCCACUGGUAUCGCCGCCGGCACCACCGCCGGCACCACCACCGGCAACGCCGCCACGGCACGCGACCGUGUCACCUUUACCAGCAUGGAUCCCCGCGCCCGGCUCAGCCGCGAGGCGCAGCAGACCCUGUCCAUCUCGCACAACCGUGACGGCACCUCGGCCACGCGCACGGGACGUUCCUUCCUCUACAGCUCCGGCGGCGAUCACGACAUGCGCACGCCGCAGAUGCCGCGCGAGUUUAACGUCAGCCAGCCCAACUUUCAAAUCAGCACCGAGUUUAGCGAUGACGAGGACGACGCCGUUACCGCCAGCGUCGCCGCCCCCGUUUCCAUUCUCCGGCGGCCUCCCCCUAACCGCAUCGGCCCACUGCCAUUUGAAAACGAUGAGGUCGACUCCGACUCAGACCUGGAUGACGGCCACGCCAGUACCACCUUCACCGACAACAACAGCCUGCGGCGCCUCCGGCGCGGCGACUCGUCCGGCGCUGCCCCCGCCCGUCAUCCGACCAAUAUCAGCACCACGAACAACCUCCUCAACGUCAAUUUUGGUCACUACGCGCCCCAAACCAGCAACAACAACCACGGCAGUAACAACACCGCGCUCGCCGAUGCCUGGGACGCGCACGCCAGUGCCACGCAAGAAGCCAUUCGCGCCGUCGGGGGCGGCAACCUGCUCGCCCCGCACGCCCGCUUUCAUUUCGAAAAGAAGAAGAGCAAGUGCACGAUUCGCUUCGAUCCGCCAGUCUCGGGCCGCUUCAUCCUGCUCAAGAUGUGGAGCUCCCAUCAGGACUUGAGCAGCAACAUUGAUAUUCAGUCCGUCAUUGCUCACGGCUUUGCGGGGCCGCGCUACUUUCCCGCCGUGGAGAUGCGUUGA